AUGGAUGGAUGGGGCAUCUCAGCCUGGAGACUGACACCAGGGAAGGACAGAAGGGAUGACUUGGAUUGGGUGCGUCGGCUGAACGAUGAGGCCGGUGAGAAGGAGCAGAGGUUAGAGGCAGAGGAGGACUACCUGAGGCAGAAUGAGCAGAGACUCCAGCAGGCCCAGGCUGAGCAUGUGGAGCUGAGAGUCGAUCUGCUGGCACUGACUCAGCACAAUUCAGCUCUAAAACAGGACCAGAGACUCCACGCCAAGCUGGAGAACCUAGAGCAGGUCCUCAAGCAUAUGCGAGAGGUGACGGAGAGAAGGCAGCAUCUGGAACAGGAGCAGGAACAGGCGCUGGCUAUCCUCAACUUCAAGCAAAAUGAGAUCAAACGGCUGCAGAGGGCUCAGUUUGCUGCUAAGAAAGAACAAGAGGGGGUUGUUCAGAUACUGGAGAGUACCCUGGAUGGCAUGCAGGCGACAGUCCUGGAGCUGGAGGAGAAGUGCCGGAGCCAGACUCAGCAGUUUUCCCUGCUGUCCCACGAGCUGGAGCGCUUCCGUCUGCAGGCGGGAGACGCGCCCGACUCCGAAUUCUGCCUGCUGACCAACGGACUCAAAGAGCCCGAGUUUGCUCCUCACGCACCAGGGCUGGCGAGACCGUCAUGGCCGCCGGCUCCCCGCCGCCGGGUGCUGCCAUCAAUCAAUUUAAAUCAAGGAUCCACAGCCAGUGCGACCAGGUUUGGGCACCACCCCCCGGCGUCUAGGCCCCUCCAACCCCACACGCACAAAUCCUCACCAUCCUAUGAGGUUGUGGCUGCAAGAGAGGAUGGAAGAGCAGCUGGCAAACCGAAAGUCUUCAUCGUCAGACACAGCUAUGAUCCAUACCACGGCCCCAACCACAGCCCAGAGGUCGAGCUUCCUCUUAAAGCUGGAGAGUACAUCUGUGUCUCUGGAGACAUGGACGAGGAUGGCUUCUAUGAAGGUGAACUGAUGGAUGGAAGGAGGGGGCUGGUCCCAUCCAAUUUCGUGGAGCUGGUUUCCACCGACAACAUUGUGGGCCCUCCUCGAUUGCCGGCCCGCGACCUCUCAUACAACCGCCCGCAGCUCUGCCCCGAAAGCCAGGAGAGGAGCGACCCGCCCACCCCCGUGGAGGCGGCCCCCGGCCCGAUGACCAACGGCCUGGACGCAGAGGAGCCGGCGGCGGACACCGUGCCUUACCCGCGGCGGCUGAGCCUGAUCCGGCAGCUGGCCAAGAGCGUGGUGAUCGGCUGGGACCCGCCGCUGGUGCCGGCCGGCUGGGGGAACGUGUGGAGCUACAACGUGUUCGUGGACGAGGAGCUCCGGCUCAACGUGCCCUUCGGCUCGCAGACCAAGGCCGUGCUGGAGCGCCUCGACGUCAGCCUGAAGGCCUACCGCGUGUCCGUGCAGAGCGUGACCGAGAGGGGCGACUCCGACCGCCUCAGCUGCACCUUCCUGGUGGGCCGGGAUGUCUGCAUGGCCCCCACCCGGCUGAGGGUGGAGCAGGUCACCUCCGGCUCGGCCCUACUGGCGUGGUUGCCCAGCAACAGCAACUACGCGCACACCGUGUCUUUGAACGACGGGGAGUGCUGGCUGGUCAAGCCGGGCGGAUACUCGCUGUCCCUCAGCGACCUGAGGCCCCACCAGCUCUACAGGGCCAAAGUGGAGGCCAGGACGCAGUGCACUCCUUGGGAGCUCUCCCUGUAUGGCCGACAGCACAAAAGCAGCACUGUGACGUUCACCACCCUGGCAUCGGGGCCUCCUGCUGCCCCCCUGAAUGUGCAGCUGGAGACGGGGCCCGGCCCGGGCAUCGCCCUGGUGAGCUGGCUGCCGGUCGCUGUCGACGCUGCCGGCAUGUCAAACGGUGUCCCGGUGACCGGCUACGCCAUCUACGCAGACAAGAGGAAAGUCCUGGAGGUGUCCUCUUCGACAGCGGGCAGUGCGCUGAUGGGCCCAGCCCAGAUCCAAACGCUGUGGACCGCCCAAGAGCUGACGGUGCGGACAAUGUCGCCCCAGGGGGAGUCCACCGACUCAGUGCCUGUCCCCAUCCUGCCGAACCUCACGGCCGUCACAGUGGGAGUGACUCUCACCCGCCCGCCAGGAGCCGUCUCCCUGGCAACGGGCCCACCCCUGGAUCUCUCUGCUGCCAAAAUGUCCACGCUGCCCCACAACCCACCAGCAGAUGCCCCAGCCCCUCUUGUGAGGACGUCCAGCGGUGCUGACAGAGUCAUGUCUGCAGACAGUGCCAGUGCUCUACGGCCACAGGAGACCCAAAAUGGCCGCUGCCUGAGUGGGGUGGGGGUGAGCUCUGAACUGUCCAACCUCCCAGAAGAGGAGGAGGGCCUCUACUCUGACGCCCAAAGAGACGAGCCUCAUGAGAGCACCAAAGAAGAUGGCAAGACAGAACCGUGGGAGACGGACAGUGACGAGGAGGUUCUGGCGAGGAUACUGAGGGCGCAGGUGCCUGUCAAUCAGGAGCUCUUCAGCAUUCCCGAGGUGACCGAGGAGGAAGAUAGCUGCCAGGAAACUGAAGAGCGACAGCUGCGGAAAUCUGAGCAGGAAAAGCCUGCCAUCACAAAGAGUCCAGCCCCCUGCUCCACAAUCCCAAAUAGCUUCGCACUCUGUUCCACCACCCAUCUAUCCAAGACUUUCAAUGACCCCAUCUACCGCUUACCCAUUCUGGACAGCCCCACACAUUGCUCCACGGUGGAGAGCAGCCCUGCCAGUCAAUCCAAGACUUCUGACGACACUGUUCACUGCUCACCAAUCCAAAACAUCACUGCACACUGCUCCACGAUGGCGAACAGCCCCUCCCAUCAGUCCAAGGCUUCCGAUAACCCAAUCUACCACUCAACGGUUCCGGUUAGCAGCACGCACUGCUCCACAAUGGGGAAUACCCCCACCCAUCAAUCCAAGACUUCCGAUGACUAUAGUUCAACAUUUCUAGAUAGCGCUAUGCACUGCUACACAACGCCGAAUAGCCCCACCCAUCAAUCCAAGACUUCUGACGGACCUGUCUACCACUCACAAAUUCUGGAUAGCACCGCGCACAGCUCAACUAUGGCAAUUAGCCGUAUCCCUCAAUCGAAGAGUUCCGGAGACCCUGUCUACUGCUCAUCAAGUCCACUUAGUGCCACAAAGUCGAACAGCCCCACCCAUCAAUCAAAGAGUCUGGAUAGCUCUGUCUACCAUUCCACGAUUCCAGAUGACCCUUCCCACAGCCCCGCCCAUUGUUCCAAAGUUUCAUUUAGCUCCUCAUACUCCAUGAUUCCAGAUCACCCCACCCACCACUCUGCCCCUGUGACUCAGGAGAGGAGCAUUUAUGCCUCUGCCUGCGAAGCCCAUUUUAGCAGCAAACAAAAGGGCACUGAGGACGGUAAACCCCACGAACACGUCGCUGCGGACCCGGACAGAGGAAACCCGCGCCAGACCCAUGACCUCAGCGGGUACAUGACCAUCCCUCCACCCAAGAGCAAGCAGCGACACAGGGUCCACUAUUCCGACGUCGUGGACACCAUCACCUACCAGAGGGAGGAGUACGACUCAGACAGCAGCGUCUACGCCUCCAGCAAGGAUCGGCAGCAACGGCAGAGGAGCCACAAGCCCCUGCACCAGAGGGGCCGCCCCGACACGAGCGGGGACCGGCUGCGGAGGGAGGUCCUUCUGCGCAGUCAGAGGGCCUCUGAUAGGCAGCCGCCGGGCCAGUACCUCGGCGGUAAGACGGUGGUGAGGACCAGGGCCCCAGUGAGCUCGGGGAUUGAGAUCGACGUGGAGUACGGGACGGAGGACGACGAUGAGGCCGUCCCCUACGACCCUGCGGGGGUGGUGGUGGAGCAGAUGAGCUCGGAGUGGUGGGUGGAAGGUGGGAGCCCCAAUGUUUUUCAGGCUCUCCGGCCCAAGAGAGAGCACCUGCCUUUUGAGACGGAGGCAGCCAAUCUCCCGCCUGGUCACAGCAGCAGACGGGCUGGCCCUGGGAUAGGGGGGAGGGGUCCUACUGGAGGAGGGGAUUUAGUAGCCUGGAGGCAGGACUACCAUACCCCUUCACCUCGUGCCAAACUGGACUGCAAGGCGAGGACCUACAGCACUGAGAGUAGAAACACAAGGGAGGCUGUCAGCCACCGAGGCCCACCACUGACCAGCAAACCAGCAAAGACGACCAGAGCAGAAGCUCAAAGGCUCAAAGACGGAGUGAGGCUCGCCAGCCCUGAGUGCGCGGAGCCGGAGGGGCCCCCGUCCGGCGAGGACGGGGCGCGGAUCUUCGUGGCGCUGUUCUCGUACGACCCCGCCGUCAUGUCUCCCAAUCCCGAAACGGCUGAGGAGGAACUACCCUUCACGGAGGGGCAAAUUAUCAAGGUGUAUGGUGAUAAAGACCGAGAUGGCUUCUACAGAGGUGAGACAGGUGGGCACUUUGGCUACGUGCCGGGCAAUAUGGUGUCAGAGAUCCAGGUGGAUGAUGCGGUGGCCAGGGCUCAGCUCUUCCAGAAGGGCUUCUUGUCUCCAGAGCCUUGCAUUGAUGAUAAAGAUCCCAUCAAGCCAGCCAGCCAAGCUCUGCAGCCAGUCCCUCGCAGGAUGGUGGCCAUUUUUGAUUAUGACCCCCGAGAGAGUUCCCCCAACGCAGACGUGGAGGACGAGCUGUCCUUCAGUGCUGGGGAUGUGAUAUACGUGUUGGGUGACAUGGAUGAGGACGGCUUCUUUUACGGAGAUGUUAAAGGGUGUCGAGGCCUGGUGCCAUCGAACUUCCUGCAAGCCCAACCCUUCCCUGGAGAACAGGCGCCCGGAGGGCCAGAAAGGCCCCAACAUCCACCAGAGGUGCCAGAGCCCAGGCAGCAGCCCCAGAGACAACGAAGGAAAAGCGUGAUUGUAUUCGACCCAUAAAUAUGACGCUGAAAGAGGAAGAGGCCCUGCAGGGAAAGAACAGAAGAGGCUCGGCUCUAAGAUGGAGGCCGUCGCCAGCUCUCUUCCCCAUGGGCGGUCCCGCACCUCGAAUCCUCCCCCACCUCCACGGGCCCACGUUGGGCCUUGCCAUGUGAGACCGGAGCCUCGCCUGGAUGUGGAGGAGCUGUAGGGCUUUCUGCUGCUGUGGCCUGCCACCAGUACUGGGGCCCCCUUUGGCCCCACAACACCAACCAGUGCUCAGAAAUGCUAAAGGCUUGAGAUAAAAUGGCUGAGGUUAAAAUUUCACCAGUGUUUUCAUUACAAAUGUUUUUGCGUGCAUGUGUGCGUGUGUGUGAGAGAGAGAUGAAGAGAGAGAUUAGCCAUUUUUUUUGUGUUGACUGGAGACAAUCUGUUGCUGAAAAUGUACUUCAGGAAGACGGACCCUGAAAUACAGCAUAGAUUGUGAAUUUGGGCUAAAUUUCCCAGAAUAGAAAUACAGCCUGCCAGGAUAAAGUAACUAUUUUAAAUCAAAUUUAUUUUCAGUUUAUUAGAUUCGUUCAUGGCCUUCAGUAUGCACUACUAUCUAAAACCUCUCUAUUAUCAGUAAGUAGCAUAGUUAGUUUAUUUUUAUUUUCAUUUCAGGAAUGUACCAGUCAAAUCUGGCCCAUUAACCAUUCAUGUAUGUCUUCUGCACCUCUGUUCAAGUCAAUGUAUAGUUGUUUAGUACUUGUACUAGUACACAGUCCCGUGCAGAUUUUGUAAUGUAGCCUUAUAAGACCGCAGUUAGUCUUAAUUUUCUUUGCCAUACACUUGUUUUAAUUGCAUGUAUUAAGUUAUCCAAAUGCUGCCUUGUUUAUUUUUUAUACUUAGCCAUUCAUUAUAGUAACAGGCAUGUUGUUUAUUUUAGUGUGGCUGGUAGCCAAUUAACAGGCAUAUGUGUUACACAAGCAAUACAUGUACACUACAGUAUCUGUGGCUGUGUGUUAUCAAAGUGUUUCACAUAGUCUUAUGUAUUCAUAUGUCGGGAAGCUGUUUUAUUAUCAGACUCUUUUUAAGUUCUUCCAUGUCCUACACACCUGGGCCUGUUUUGGAAUCUAAAUUGUAAUUAUUACCCUUUUUCCAAUUUUAUUUAUUAUUUAUCUGUGUUCUUGAAUAGGAGCAGAGGAAUGACAAACAACUGUGGAAUUUGAAGUACAUACAUUUGAAUAAGUAAAUAACUUUUUACAGGAAUAAAGUAUAUUUUCGCAUAA